CUUGUAUUCCAUUUCCGGUGAUUCUCAUUUCUCUUCCGGUGUUUCGGCGCGGAGUGAGCAUUGCGAGAGGCACCCGAAGCCUUCUAGGCUUCUCUGAAAUUUAAUCCAAAACAUGGAUAUCAGACCAAAUCAUACAAUUUAUAUCAACAAUAUGAAUGAUAAAAUCAAAAAAGAAGAACUGAAGAGAUCAUUGUAUGCACUCUUUUCUCAAUUUGGCCAUGUAGUGGAUAUUGUGGCUUUAAAGACUAUGAAGAUGAGAGGGCAAGCAUUUGUUAUCUUUAAAGAACUUGGCUCAUCUACAAAUGCUUUGAGACAGUUACAAGGCUUUCCAUUUUAUGGUAAACCAAUGCGAAUUCAAUAUGCAAAAACAGACUCUGAUGUAAUCUCUAAAAUGCGUGGAACUUUUGCUGAUAAGGAAAAGAAAAAAGAAAAGAAAAAGGCUAAAUCUUUGGAGCAAACUGCUAAUGCUGCAAACAAAAAGCCUGGCCAGGCCGCACCAAAUUCAGCUAACACCCAAGGAAAUUCAACUCCAAAUCCUCAGGUGCCUGACUAUCCACCGAAUUAUAUUUUAUUCUUAAAUAACUUGCCAGAGGAAACUAAUGAAAUGAUGUUAUCCAUGCUGUUCAAUCAGUUUCCUGGUUUCAAAGAAGUACGGUUGGUACCUGGGAGACACGAUAUUGCUUUUGUGGAAUUUGAAAAUGAUGGACAGGCUGGUGCUGCCAGAGAUGCCUUACAAGGAUUUAAAAUCACACCGUCCCAUGCCAUGAAGAUUACAUAUGCCAAGAAAUAGUUUUAUGGACAUUCUUUAAAUGAUUUGGUUUUAUUUAUAGCUUCAAUUCUUCGUUUUUCAAAAGAUUGAAUUCAGAAAUUUUGAAGUUUUCUGAGGGCAAUAGUGAAAGUAAAACAUUUUGUGUAAACUUUUUUUAAAAAAACUCAGAUUUUCCAUUGUAACCUACAUAUUUCUGAUAUUGCAACAUGCAAGAGACAUUUUGUACAAUUAAAAUGUACUUGUAUUCAGUAUGUAAUGUUAUGCCUUCCCACCCCCUUUAUCUGUUUGUUCUUUAUUGUAAUUUUUGCUAUGGCCAAGAUAUUGUGUUUUCCUAAUCACAUUUAUUUUGUAAUGACCAAUGAAAGUUUUGAAAUAUCAUUAAAAAACUAAAGAGGUAUUUGAGAGAA